GUCGGAGUGGAGACCGCCAUGAGGAGCUGGUGGAGACUGUCCGUUCUGUUUUGGACUGGGCAUCCAGUAUUGAGGGCCAGGGCUAUGACUUGGCGCCAGCUUGUCGCGCUGUAAGAGACAAGCUGGGCAUACGAGAUGUACUUCGUGUCGUCCAGGACUUCGUUGGCAGCCUAUUGUAUGUGGUAAUUGCAGCGGAGGCCAAAAACUCACAUGGCAAGGAUGUGAACGCAAAGGACCAACUGACAGAUUUCCUGUAUCAGUUAUGUGGACUUCAUGAGCAGUCCGAAUCAUCGAGCAGCAGCACACGUGUUUGUGCAGCACUGGUGGAACCUUGCAAGUCCUGUGCUUGCUGCCACAUCGCUCUGCGAGAGGCACUGAACAUCCUUCGUUUUGUUCACCAUUUCACAAGCACAGAAUCUGCUGCCUCAUCCUCCGAGACAGUCUCCGAGCAGCACCUUCCCAGGCAUGUGGAAGACGGCGUCCUUCUAAUGCUUCGCAUCAUCGUCAAGCUGAGCUCCAGUGUCCAUGAAGA